GCAGCCCUUUUUAUGUUUUAAUUGAAACUUCGGGCUCCGACUCCACCCAUGAUGAAGAAAAAUUGAACAACUUCCUAGAAGAGGCCAUGACUUCUGGUUUGGUCAGUGAUGGAACUGUGGCAACAGAUGAUAAGAAAAUAAAGAUGCUAUGGAGCCUGCGGGAAAGGAUCACAGAGGCCCUCACUCACGAUGGCUACGUCUACAAAUAUGACAUCUCUCUCCCUGUGGGAAAGCUCUAUGAUCUCGUGACUGACACGAGGGCUCGGCUGGGCCGGAGUGCCAAAAACGUGGUGGGCUACGGCCACUUGGGAGACGGAAACUUGCACUUGAACAUCACGGCAGAGUCCUACAGCCAUUCCCUGCUGGAUGCCAUUGAGCCGUUUGUGUACGAGUGGACUGCGAGAUGCAACGGCAGUAUCAGUGCAGAGCACGGACUGGGCUUCAAGAAAAAGCAGUUCAUUCAGUACAGCAAACCCCAUGAGGCAGUGUGUCUAAUGCAGCGUUUCAAAGCCAUGCUAGACCCCAAAGGGAUCCUCAAUCCGUACAAGACGCUGCCUGCCGGCUCCUGA